UGUCUAUCUUGUUCAUUGUACUUGUAUGUUUUAAGACAUGUCUCCUCGUUUUUCUUGUAAAUUGUACUUAGUGUUUCAAAAUACAUCCCUAAUACACUUCAGAACAACAAGAUGUUGUGUCCCAACGAGAGUUGGGUGAGCCUGGAUGACUUUCAGCCUCGCUGUACCUGUCUCUACCCCCACACAACUUGGACCGAUGCAGCCAUCCCCUCCAACACCACUAGCCCCAUCAGCAAGUAUCUAGAAAACCAGGACUCCUUCCUUUAUCCAGAAUGUCCCAGAUUUAAUUCAUUUUUUGACACCAAUGAUGUAACAUCAACAUUUCUAUCAAUAAAUCCAGAUAUCUGGUCUGCAAGCCCCAGUGAUGAGUCUCUCCCAGCCAGCACCAGCUCCAGCCUGACCAGCCUGAGCUCCACCAGUCUUACUGACCCCUUCCCCAGCUCUUCUACCCUUUUCCAGAAUUCUGAGGAAUUCUUCGAUGAUCUUCUUCCCUCCCCAUCUUCCAGCACAACCUGCUUCAACUAUGGCCUCACACCUAACAGAUAUCUGGAAUCAGAUAUGUCAGGUUUGCCAGAUGACAUGAACCUCUCAGCUACAGUUUACAAAGACAUCUGGUUCUGUAACACCUAUGACCUUUUUCAGGAUGGACCACUACUGACCUCAAGCUCCAUGUCUCUUCCUGUCAGCCCAGUGAGCAGCUUCACCAACCUGAGUGAGUGCAAUGUGUCCUGCAGUCUGACCAGCCUGUGCCACCAAGGAGUGUCACUUCCAGUCCCCAGCAGGAGACCUGGACCCCUGAACAAGAUGGUGGAUAGGAAGAGAAAGAGAGAUGAGGAUGAUGAGGUGGAGGUGAAGGUUUGUAAGAGGACCAGGCUAUAAGUAUGGUAGUCAGAUUUACACUGUUAAUGUAUGUCUGAAAUAUCUGUUUUACUAACAUUAAUUGAUUACUUUACAGUUUUCUAUAUAUUGCUCUGAAUGGAUGUGUUUUAAUUUCAACCUUUAUUCUACUUUGAUACUGCAAUAUUUAGUCACUCAACAUCUUAUUGUCCUUGUAAGAUCAUUUAAAUCCUCAAAAUAGGUGGAUGCUUCCUCUCAAAUAAGCUUUGUGAAUGUAAGUCACUAGUAACUUGAAACCCUUUUCUUAUCACUGUCCUGAAAUUGUGCUCUAUUCAGUAAUUACUUCUCUUCUUACUAGCUCAAAUUCCUGCCCCUACCAGCGGUAACAUUUCUAGGCCCCAUUCCUGUACUACAAGUCUAGUUAGUGGUAAACACAUGAUAUAAACUGAAAGCCCUAAUCAAACUGUACAAAAUGAUAAAAAUAAUACAAUAGGUGAAUCCUUAUAAUUGUAAAUCUGGUAAGGUAAAUAUGGCAUGAACUCCAUGGUAUAGUUCACUAUACAGGUUACAGAAUACAUUAAAGUACAGUUAUAAAUCAGUGUUAUAAAUGAAGUACAUGUUAUGUUGUCAAAAAGUGAUACUGAUAGACAGAAACAUUAAUAGCACUUUUUUAAUAGUACAAUCUGUGCAUGAAAGAGACCAAUGUUCCAUUGGACCCCAAUAUGUAGACAAAUAUUCACGGCUAGCACAGGUGGUGUAGGUGUGGCUAGAUGGGGA